AAUGCAUAAAUUAUAUAUAAACCAAGUAUUUUUAGUAGGAACUGAAUAUGGACCUUAUAUUACUGUAACAUUCUCCGAAUUUUCUACGGAAUGUAGCUAUGAUAUUUUAACAAUUUAUGAUGGCACAUCAUUUUAUAGUCCUGAAUUAGCUACACUCAGUGGUGAAACUAUACCAUCGGUUCCAAUAUUAGCUAAGUCCGCUUUUAUGCUAUUGCAUUUUUGGUCAGAUAGAAAUUAUAGUUUAGACGGAUUCAAGGCCGUAUAUAUCAUAUCAAAAUGUCCUUAUAACUGUUAUUAUCCUGAUUGGGGUGUUUGUGACGAGAAUGGAAUUUGUCGAUGUAAAAAAUGCAGGAAAGGUAAAGCCUGUGAGAAGAAUAGUUGUAGCUGUUCGGAUAAAGGUACAUGGAACAGUGUAAAAGAAAUAUGCACUUGUGAAGCAGGGUAUCAAGGAGAAACAUGUAGUCUACCGCCAAUUCCGCUCUCUGAGCAAUUUGGAAAAGCGUUUCGAAUCACAACUCAAUUCUCUAGUCUACCUCCUCUAUCUGGAUCAGCUGGAGGAUUUAUUGAGUCCACAAAUUCUUUCAUAAUUUUUGGUGGUAGGUCACUGAACGGCGUGUCCGAUACAGUUUAUACUUACUCUCAGCAGAAUGAUCAAUCAUAUGGUUGGUUGGAUGAAAAAAUUAUUGGUUAUCAGCCAGAAGGUCGUUAUCAGGCUGCCUAUACCGUAAGCAAUAAUGGGUUGUACAUCCAUGGUGGUAUUUUAGAAAGUGGUCGCUUUUCAAAUGAAUUGUGGUAUUAUAAUAGUAUUUCUAAGUUAUGGACUCACUUAGCAAACUCCACUUUCCGAUUAACUAUGCAUAGUCUAACUUUGGUAAAAAUUAACAGUACUGAAUAUUUGUAUGUUGUUGGAGGACUAAAUGAAAAUGAUCAAAUCAGCGAGAGUAUUUAUCGAAUUAAUUUGAUCUCAAAUGUUUGGAGUAGGGUCCCAUCUUAUGGUAAAUAUUGGUUAGGUAGAUUACAAGGACAUACUGCUGUUUUUGAUGAAAAGUUGAACUCUAUUCUAGUCUAUGGAGGAUUUCAAGUUAAUUCUAAUCAGGGAUUGAAUCGUACAUCCCAAAUAUCCGUAUUCGAUAUAAACAUGAUGGCUUGGUUCGCUCUGUCAUCUGACCUAGCAAAAAACGUUCCUACAGGACGAGUGUACCAUAAUAUGCAUCUCAUUAAUGACUAUCUCUUAAUAUUUGGAGGAAAUGUUCAUUUACAUAAUUAUUUAGAGAAAUGCUAUUCCUCAGAAAUGCUAAUUUUUGACCUUAAAAUAAAAAAAUGGCUAGAUAUUACAAAACUGAUGCCAGAAGGACAAAAUAUCCGUAGCAUUCCUCCCAGGCAAUUUGCUGUUAGCGGUAUAACUAAAGAGGGAAUUCUGUACGUUGCUAAUGGCUUUAAUGGGAUUGCUCUCAGCGAUUUUUGGGCCUUUGUUUUACCCCAAUCUAUUCUUGGAAAUCAAAAUUGUACAACUCCAGCAUUUAAUAUUUCACCGAGCACUCUUCUUGAGAGUUGCUCUAUUUUAACUAACUGCAUUUCGUGCUUGGCUCACUCGUCGUUCCAAUGUGUGUGGUGUGAGAAAACUGCCAAAUGCAUUCCCGAUAAACUAGAAUGUCCAAAGGCAGCAAUAACCUCUUGGUGGACAAAGGAUAAAAAAAUAAAGCAAAUUGCUAAUUGUCUAGUCUCAAAACGAUCUGGGGUAAUCUGUUUAUCUUCAUAUACCCCAACGGCAGAUAGAGUCUGGCCAGAUGAAGGGUACUAUUCUUCCAGUUUAAAAAUUUCACACUUGAAUUAUUCGGAAUUUUGUCGGGGAUAUAUUCAUUCCCCUCAUCAAUUUACCGAUGUAGAAGUUUCAAAAAAUGCAUAUGAUCAUGUCCUACUGCAGAUCAGUACAAAUUCCAGCGAGCAGCAUUUGAGAAAUAUUAGUAAUGUAAAUAAAGGAACUACAACGGCCAAGGAUGGGUCAGUUAUUUUUAAGAGCAAAAAUAGAUAUUAUUUUGAGUUAACAGUGGAGCCAAGAAAAAAUAAUGCAAUUAAUAUGGCAAUUCUCUGGAAUGUUACAGGAGGAAUAAAGAGAGUUGUGAUAAAUAAUUCAUAUCUUGAACCCUACGGGAAUUCGCUAACCUGUUCAAAUGGUAUGAACUGUCUGACGUGCUUGUCUAAUUCUGAAUGUUUAUGGUGCAGUAAUUCAAAAAGAUGCCUUGAUAGAAAUUCCGGAAAAUGUGAAAAUGAAUCUACUAUUAGCGAGUUGUCUUGGUGUCCUUCUUGUCGAAAGUCGGUUCAAUGUUCUUCCUGCACUCAGAUUGACCACUGUGUCUGGAAUAUAGCAAAAUCAGAAUGUUUUACUUAUAAGGCUGGAAUGGAGGGAGCAAAUUGGGUUAGAAAUUUUUCGAAUUGUGUGGACUGUCAUAAUAAAACCGACUGUUCAUCAUGCAUCCUACAAGAUUCGUGUGCAUGGUGCGAAAUAACAGAAUCUUGUUUUUUCUUUCCUCUCUACUUAUCAAAAUAUAAUCAAGGUGGCUGUGAAUCUUGGCUAUCUAAGGAAGAGGAGGGUUUAAAGUGUCAGUCUUGUUCUUCCAAAAAGAAAUGUAAAUCUUGCCUAAAAGAUUUUGGCUGUGGCUGGUGUUAUGACGUUGAAAAUCCCUCUAUAGGAGUUUGUGCAAAGGGUGACUUUAAACAAUCGUCAAAAGCUACUUGUACACAAUUUCUUAACUCGACUCAUUCAACGAUCUUUUCACAAACAUCUGAAUGGGCUUAUGAUGAAUGUCCAGAAAUGGAUGAGUGUUCCCUAUCUCUUCACGAUUGCCAGGAAAAUGCAACCUGCUUUAACACAUUGGGAUCUUAUGAAUGUAAAUGUAAUAGAGGAUUCAUUGGGGAUGGUAGAGUCUGUAAGAGAACAUGCUAUGAGGAUUGCAAGCAGGGUUAUUGCAGCGGACCUCCAGAUUACGAAUGCAUAUGCUCGUUAGGAUGGAAUGGAACCGAUUGCAGCAUGGAUUGUGGAUGUAAUAAUCACAGCACAUGUGUAAAUGGCAUUGGACAGUGUGAUAAAUGCUAUAAUUUGACAGUUGGCCUGCACUGCGAACAUUGUGCGAAAGGAGCAUAUGGUUCAGCUAUUGACCAAUCCGGCUGCAAGGAAUGCCAAUGUAACGGACACGGCUCUAUACACAAAGGAUUAUGCAAUAACAAAAAUGGGUCUUGUUUUUGCGGGGAUAACACUAUGGGCGAUCAUUGUGAAUUUUGCAAAUCGGGUUAUUAUGGUGAUCCCAGGAACGGAGAGCAAUGCUAUAUGUCAUGCAGUAGAGAUACAAAACUUAUAGAAAGAAAAGGCUAUUUUGGUUCUAAAAUGGGGCCUGCAGUAUCCUUAACAUCAAAAACUUGUCAAUGGACUAUUCCAGCUACAAUUAAUGAAAAAGUUUUCUUAUCAAUCGAGUCUGGUUCAACUGUUAACUGCCAAGAAGAGUUCGUUUUUGUUUACGAGAAUACUUCGCCUAAUGAUGAAAAAUUAUUAUUAACCUUUUGUGGCAAAAAUCCAGCCAAAAUUAUCUCAGAAAAGAAUGGGAUGGUCGUUAAAUUCAUAACUCAAAGAGUAGAGUCGUAUUUCAAUGCUAGCUAUGAGAUACUUGCCUGUCCUAACAAUUGUGGUCAGAAUAGAAAUUGUGAAAACAAUCAGUGCGUAUGUAAAGAAGGUUAUUUGGAACCAUAUUGUGACCAACUCGUUUGCCCUAGUAAUUGUAGUUUACAUGGUAUUUGUAAUAAGAUAUCCAGACUUUGCGAUUGUGAGGAGGGUUUUUAUGGCCCCAUGUGUGAGAAUACUAAACCCAACUCUUUCUCAGAUAGAAUAUUUGUAAAGCUUGUAGAUAACAACCUAAAUUGGAAUAGAUAUGGGCUUGCUUCAGGCGUUUGUGACAGUAAUGUUACAAUUUCAUUUGGUGGUUAUAAUGCUAAUGACGGAGCAAAAGACGAUCUUACAAUUUAUUACCCUAAAAACAACUCCAAGUUAGAAAUUGCGAGAAACGAAUCAAAAUAUUGGCCUGAAGCUAGAUAUAUGCAUGCUGCCGAUUGUCUUCUUGGAAAAUUAUACAUUUACGGAGGUUUCAAUAGCAAGAAGAUAAAAACGUUUGACGAUUUUUGGCGAUUUAGCUUAGCUACAGGAUGGGAAAAGCUAAAAUCUCCGCACCUACCUGUUGUAGGACAUACUUUGACAAAAAUUAACGAUACUCAUUUGUUAAUACUGGGAGGUUUUACCCUUACUUCUUCGUUUAACGGAGAAGCGUUACUGUACAAUGUUCCAAAAGGAACAUGGACAAAAGUACCUGUAACAGGAGUAGAACUACCGGUGUCUAUAGGACACUCAUCAAUUCUUCACAAGAAAACAAUUUACACCUUUGGCGGUCUUCAAUUAAAUCUGGGAAAGUUUACAUCCUCAAAUAAUCUAUACGCUUUAGAUACAACCUAUUUUCACCGAAUUCUGAUUCCUUCCAAAAAUGGUCCAGCAGCAACUUUUUUGCAUGCAUCUAUGAUUCUAAGAGAUUUUAUGUUAGUGGGAGGCGGUUAUACAAAGGAAGAGAAAGAAUAUUUGGAGCUAUGGGCUUAUCAAUUUGAUUGUGGUACAUGGCUUCAGAUAAAUAAUUUCAAUUGGCGUCCAUCAAAUUUAGUUUCUAUGAACUUUAUUGAAAAAGGAAGUAAUAGUUUUGUAAUACUCGGCGGUUUGAGAAGCUACGGAAAAAUAGAAGAAAAUACCUAUGAAGUUCAUAUUUCUGACAUAUGUAAUCAACUGAGUGAAAAGGAAUGUACGAAAACUGACGGUUGUGGUUUUUGUAACGGAACUUGCAUGGAAUACGAUAAAUCCGUUGCAAUAAGUAACUGUUCAGCAGAAUUUAUUGGUAAUAAGUGCACGAAUAAAAUUCCAGAUGGUAACUGUGAGCUAUUUAAGUCCUGUUUAUCCUGUUUAUCGUCAUCCACCGAGAAAUCAAAUAAUAAAGCUUGUAGUUGGUGUACAAAAUGUCAGAAAUGUGUUAAAGACAUUUGGAGAUGUGAUCAGGGUCAUGAAUGUAAUAUUCAGGAAUCACCUCUCAUGCACCCAAAUAGCUGCCCUAAAACAUGUUUAGCUUCAGGUUGUAAGACGUGUGGUAACGACUGUGAAUAUACUAAUAGUCGACAGAGAGUGUCAGAUACUCAAGUGAUCAAAGUUCGAGACGGGAGAAUUCAAUGGGACUGUACACCCACUGAACGUCAAAAAACUUCCAUAGGAUUAUCUUGCCCAACUCCUUGUUCCGAGCUUCGAAGCUGUCAAACUUGUAUGAACAGCACGGGUGAACAGCCUGGUGCUACAAAGUGUUUUUGGAGUGCAUCAACCAAUUCGUGUGUACCAAAAUCUGUAAUUAUGCUAACUUGUUCAGCGGGACAAUGUUCCCCAUUUUUUACUCAUUCCGGAUUAACUCAAGGGAAAGCUUGCAACACUCCGAAAUGUGAUAAUGAAAUCGGUUCCCUUCAAUCUCUGCAUUGUCCUGAAUCUUGUGCCAAUUUUGAUAGAUGCUCUACCUGUUUAACAUCUCCUCUAUGCAAUUGGUGCAGCGAACAAGGGGGAAACGGAAAAGGCUCUUGUAUUUCGGGUAAAAGUUGUCUUCAUUUAGGCUUUAUAAAAACGUAUACUUGGAAUUAUGGUAAAUGUCCGGAAGAAAAUGAGUGUAUAAAUGGACAUCAUGAUUGCACUGAAUACGAAACUUGUAAGGAUCUGCCGAUAGGUUAUAGUUGUGAGUGUUCUGAAGGAUAUGAAAGAAAGUCUUCAGGUGUUUGCGAACCUGUAUGUCCUGGUUGUCUCCACGGUAGUUGCACAGCACCUAACAAAUGCUCUUGCAAUUUUGGUUACGUUGGCACCAAUUGUACGAUUGAGUGUCAAUGCAAUGGACAUAGUGAUUGUGAGAGUGCCAAAAAUCCUCAUAUUUGCCUUAAAUGCGAGCACGGUACGACAGGUAAAAAUUGUGAAAAAUGUGCUCCUUUACAUGUUGGCAACGCGAUAAAUAAGGGUGAACGUUGUUUGAGCUGCUCAGACUAUUGUUUUAAACAUACGAACUUUUGUCUUUCGAAAGAAGACGCUGACACAUUCUACAAUCAAUCAAAAUCAACGAAAGUAUCUAUAGAAGACUGGGUUGCUAACAUCACCUCAGGACCAGAGAAAGAUGCUGUUUGUAUGUUUUGCGGUGAUAAUACGAAGGGAAUGAGGUGCGAAUCAUGUCAGUCAAAUUUCUUUAGAAUUUCUGACUCAUUGGAGACUGAGGCUUGUCAACCUUGUCAGUGCAGAGGCCAUGCGAAAUACUGUGAUCAAAAAUCCGGAUUACAUUGUAAUUGCCAUAAUAAAACUAAAUCAGCAUGCUCUUCCUCUAAUCCGGAAGAAAAGUGUUGGAUGAAACAGUGCUCCGAAUGUUUAGAGGAUUUUUAUGGUGAUCCGAGCCUUGAGGGGGCUCAAUGUUACCGACAUAUAAAAACAGAUCAAUCCUACUGUCUGGACCCUACUCUUCCUGUCAACUGUCCUAAUCCUCCGGAACCCCUUGCACCAUUACAAUUUGCUUAUUUUGGUGUCACACCUCAAUAUGUCAAUGUUGAUAUAAGAAUAUUUUUGGAUAUAUAUAUUGGUAAAGUAAAUAUGUUUAUAGCUCAUGAUUCCAAAGUAUUACUGAUCAAAUGGGAUGGCUCCUAUCAUCGGAUAAUUUUAAAUGAUGAGUAUUUAAUGGAUGAUUCAAGUCAGAAUUCAGCGAGGGAAGUUUUGAGUAUAAGCAAUAGCAAAGGGCGAAGAAAGCGCAGUUUGGAUAAUUCAACUAAAAUUAAAUUUCAUAAUUAUGCCUGCAGAAGUCCCUGGUGCCAUGUUGAAUUUAAAACGAACACCCUAUUAUUAGUUAGUAAUAUCAGCCAUAAAGCUAUCGUUCGUAUACCUUUCGAACCCUUUAAUCUGAAACAUGCGAAAUUUUACGUUCUCAUUUAUGCAACUGCCGAUUCAGCAAAGGGCGUUCUUGGGCACAUCUCAUCUCGUCAGGACCAUCCACAUAUUGAUUUAUUCGUUUUCUUCUCUGUUUUCUUUUCAUGCUUCUUUCUAUUACUUGCUAAUUGCAUAAUUGUUUGGAAAAUGAAAUCCAUAUAUGUUGCCAGAAGACAACGACAGAGACGUCACAUGGAAAUGGAACAAAUGAGAUCUAGACCAUUUGCGCUUAUUACUAUAGAUAUUAAUGAAAGCGAAGAAACUGAUAAAAGAUAUUUUCUACCAACUCCAAUUUCUCUGGAACAAACUGAUGACGGUGUGGCCGAUGUAGCCACAUUUUUCGUCUUUCUACCAGAUAAUAGAGUAUGUUUAGCUUCAGCUCUAGUACAAAGGCGACAUGCUUUCAGGGCAAGGAGACCAUCAAGCAGUCAUGCUUAA